GAGAAAUAGGGAAUAUUUUUUCAUGGCGUUAGGACGAUCUCACAAUUGCCCAGAAUAAAUUUAUUUAUUUAUCUAAGGAAACUGCUCUCCGAUUAAUUCCUCGUUACGCAACAAUUAUUCGGCGAUUGAAGUUUAAAAAGCGUUUGUGUUUGCAUCUCCGCCGGGCGCGCAGUUCCAUCGCGGGGGGAUUGAAAUCUCGCGGUUAUAGGGAGUGCGUGAACACUCGGCUCGCGAGAUUUUGGUGAUAUAUACACCUCUGACACGGAAGAUUUGUUUUCAUUACAUGCAUUCGGUUAAAUAAGAAGUUAACUUGUCAUUAUUCGCGCGUUUAUUUGCUCUACUAUCAAGGUGAGGCUGAUUCCUACGCGUAGUGCGUUGUGCGGACGACAAUGGCCAACCACUACGAGGUCCCGAACUGGGCUGGUAAGCCACCGGUGGGACUGCACUUGGACGUGCUGAAGAACGACAAGUUGAUACAGAAACUCAUGGUAGAUGAGAAGAAGUGCUACCUGUUUGGCCGCAAUCAACAGCUGAACGACUUCUGCAUUGAUCAUGCAUCCUGUUCUCGUGUGCAUUCGGCUCUUGUUUAUCACAAGCAUCUGAAUCGGGCGUUUCUAGUUGAUCUGGGAAGCACACAUGGGACCUUUAUUGGAAAUUUACGAUUGGAAGCUCACAAACCAACUCAAUUACCAAUCGACAGUACAUUUCACUUUGGGGCAUCUACUAGAUAUUAUAUAAUAAGGGAAAGACCUCAAACUGGUGCCCGGCCUAUUAUUGAAGAACUGGAGAAAUUAUCUGAAGAUAUGGACGCCGGUGGUUUACUGGGAUUACCAGAAACAGAAACGGAAUUGGAUAAUCUAACAGAGUUUAAUACAGCUCAUAAUCGACGAAUUUCUAUGCUUGGCAUAACGGAUGAUGAAAUGCAUAAACCGACGCGUAAGCGAAAGAAAAAAGGAAUCACCUUCAACGACGAUGAGGAAGUAAUUAAUCCAGAGGAUGUUGAUCCAUCAGUCGGGAGGUUUCGUAAUCUUGUACAAACGACCGUUGUUCCUAGUAAGAGAAUGCGUAUGGAGGGUGGCCUCAUAUCGUUAUCGGAAGAUCAUAAUCUUUUAAAGCAUAUGCAACCAACGUCUACCGCAUCGCAGCUUUAUCACGAUCUACCUCCCGAACAGUUUACGCCGUCGUCAAUGUCGUCAAUCAAUCCAUUUUCUACGGCUCUCACGUCGCUGACGUCACGGCUUGGCAUCGCGCUACCUAAUCCUGCGCCUGAGGUAGAAAUGACGCCGAAUCAAAUACAGACAGAAGUACAGCACGUGCAGGAGCACGUACCGGGUACGACAGAACCACGUGCGAUGGAGCCGAAGAAGAAGAAAUAUGCCAAAGAGGCAUGGCCCGGGAAAAAACCAAUACCAACACUUCUUGUAUAAUAGGAAGAAUUGCCGUUUAUGUAUACAUAUUCCGUAUUAUUAUUUUCCGAUAGAGCUUACCUUCAUCCAAAAAUUGUUUAUACAUUACAGAUUUAUGUGCGAUUUUUCAUCAGCUCUAUCAUGUGUUAUUAUAUCGGCAAUAACUGUCAAAUCUUAGUCAAGUUGAACUACAUAGAAUUAUAAUGAAAAGACUAAAUCCGUACUAGUUAAAAUGUUAUUUAAGUAAUAAUAAUUCGGAUAUAUAACUUGGACUGAUUGUUAUGGUCCAAUUUGAAGUAAACACGUCUAAAGAGAGUUAUGCUCUACUUGAAGAAUGUAACUGAACUAUUAUAAUUUAUUAACACAGCAAAUGCAUUCAGUAACUAAAACAAACAUUGAUCAGUGAAAGCAUCCUAAAGUUAUGCAAUUUCAAAAGAACUUAUUCAUAUUGGAUACAUAUGUUUAUCAUGUUAAGUUUUAUACUCUUGCUACAUUUAGUUUUUUUUCGCAGUGAUACACAUAUAUCGAUAGAAAUAAAAUUAUUGUUUAUUAAAUAGAUUUUGGUAUCAGUAUAAAAUUUUAUUUAGUUGUAACAUUAGCGUGAUUUUUAUAGUUAUUCAAUUAAUAACAACAUUAUCGUACUUGUUACAUAAUACAUUGCAUUUUUUUUUAACCUUGGCAUAAUAUUUUCUUUAUGUACCAUUGCUGUCGCUUCAAGUGCAAUGAACACGAUGUAAAUAGCUAUAAAAGAUAUUUAGUUGAUAUACUUUUUAUAAAUCACUACCAAAAAAGAAGUCAAUAAAAAGAAAUUGUAUAUAUUA